AUGGCAUCCAGCUCGAGAAGUGCCCAGCGUGCUCUGAGAGCUCUUCGGGUUUCGUCCACCCGGACUUAUACCCCCUUGACGCGCCGCACCUAUGCCUCGGCCGCCGAGCCGGAUCUCAAGUCGACACUGGAAUCAGUCAUUCCCGAGAAGCGAGAGCUGCUCAAGCAGGUCAAGAGCCAUGCGGAUAAAAAGAUUGGAGACAUCAGUGUUGGGAUGGUUAUUGGCGGUAUGAGGACAAUGAAGUCCAUGGUGUGGGAAGGCAGUGUCUUGGACGCCAACGAAGGAAUUCGAUUCCAUGGCAAGACGAUUGCGGACUGCCAAAAGGAACUUCCGAAAGGCACGUCUGGCACUGAGAUGUUACCAGAAGCCAUGUUCUGGCUCCUUCUGACUGGCCAGGUCCCUUCGGUCUCCCAGGUUCGUGCGUUGUCUCGAGAACUGGCAGAGAAGGCAGAUCUCCCGGCCCAUGUCACCAACAUGCUCCGAACCUUCGACAAGAAUGUUCAUCCUAUGACACAGCUCUCAUGUGCAGUUGCAGCGUUGAACUCCGAGUCCAUCUUUGCAAAGAAGUACGCCGAAGGCUUGAACAAAGCCGCUUAUUGGGAGCCCACUUUCGAUGACAGCAUCAAUCUUCUGGCGAAGCUACCUCGCGUGGCCGCUGCCAUUUUCGACAAGGCUGCACUCGACAUGCCCAUCGACAAAGACCAGGACUGGGCUUACAACUUUGCCAAACUGCUCGGCAAACCUGGAAAAGAAAACGAAGGCUUCCAAGACCUGCUACGUCUGUACCUUGCUCUGCACGGCGACCAUGAGGGAGGAAAUGUUUCAGCCCAUGCCACCCACCUGGUUGGGUCUGCACUCUCUGACCCGUAUCUAUCCUAUGCUGCUGGCUUGCUCGGCCUAGCAGGACCUCUGCACGGUCUUGCUGCGCAGGAAGUUCUCCGUUGGAUCUUGAAGAUGAAGGAUACAAUUGGGGAGAAUUUCUCUGACAAGGAUGUCACUGAUUAUCUGUGGGCCACACUGAAGUCUGGCCAGGUCGUUCCCGGGUACGGUCACGGUGUCCUUCGGAAGCCUGACCCUCGUUUCAAGGCGCUUAUCGACUUUGGUGAUGCCCGUCCAGAUAUUUCCAACAACCCAGUCUAUCGUCUGGUAAAGAAGAACAGCGAGAUUGCCCCAGGCGUCUUGACUGAGCAUGGCAAGACCAAGAACCCCCAUCCUAAUGUGGACAGUGCUUCAGGCGUCCUCUUCCAUCACUACGGCUUCCAAGACCCUCUCUACUACACUGUAACUUUUGGCGUGAGCAGAGGGUUGGGACCUCUAGCGCAGUUAAUCUGGGAUCGUGCUCUCGGUAUGCCCAUUGAGCGCCCAAAGAGCAUCGAUCUCCAAGGACUCCUCAAACUAGUGUAG